AUGCGCGUUAGAGGGUGCUCCCCCGUGUGGUGGCGCUGGCUGAAGGCAGCAGCUGUUGCUGCUGCAGCAGCAGCAGCAGGCGCGGGUUUGCUGCUGCUGAUUGCUACCUCCAUUGUCCCUCUCCACAAGGCCCGCAGCAGGCCUAGCAGCAGUUACUUUGCUGCUUGCUUCGGCGUGUCUGUUGCCAUGGAGAAGGUGCACUACGGCUUAAUUCAGGUGAUGCCUCUUUUGGCUAUGAAGCAAUUCUACUUGCUGCCCUCACCAGAAGCAGCAGCAACAAAAGAGCCAGCAGCACCAGGGGAGCCAGCAGCACCAGGGGAGCCAGCAGCAGCAGCUGGGGAUUCAGAAGCAGAAGCGGAAGGAGAGCCGGAGGAAGCAGCAAGGGACGCAGCAGCAGCAGCAGCAGAGAAAUCGGCAAAAACAGCAGCAGCUGCAGCAGCAGCAGCAGCAGCAGCGCAGCAGAGGGCGAAGACCGGCAGACGCAUAGGCCUUUCGUCGUUUCCUCUUUCUUACAUAACUUCGAACGCGGCGCUGCUGCGGCUGACUCCGCAGCAAGCAGCAGCAGUCGCUGCUGCUUCGCUGGACCCUGCUGCUGCUGCAGACGCAGCAGCAGAGGCAGCAGCUGCAGCAGCAGAAGCGGACGCCCGAGCCGCAGCUCCUCCUCCCACCCAGCAGCAGCAGCAGCGGCAGCAGCAGCAGGAGGAAGCCACGGCCCUCCACCCCCUCCUCGUGGACCAGCAGGCGGAGUUUAUCCUGCGGAGUCUGCAGCAGCUGCUAAAGCUGUAUGCGGCUGCUGGGCAGCAAAUAUGCCACUUGGCCGUAGUGGCGCAUUCUUUGGGGGGCCUCUCGGUGAUGCGGGCUGUGUCGCUGCAGCAGCAGCAGCGGCGGGGGGGGGGGGGGGGGGGGCUGCUGUCUCUGUUCUUUAUUAAUUCUCCCCUAAGUGGCCACCAGCUGCUGCAGCAGCUGCCGAGUUUCCAGUUCAUGUACGGGCAGGUGCAUGCAGACUUUCCUGCGGCCCUGGGCCUCGCCCCUCCGCAGCAGCAGCAGCAGCAGCAGCAGCGCGCGCUGCUGCUGCCACGCACUGUGGGGCUCUUCAGCUUCUCCUCUGGAGUCCACGACAUUCUCGUCCACGAGUCUGUCGCGAGCUUUCCUGUCGAUACACCUGAGCUGGCCCCACACUUUUUGUGGGGCCGCUCAAAGCUCAGAAGGGCAAGAGCCAGACUGCAGCAGCAGCAGCAGCUGCUGCAGCAGCAGCUGCACUUGCUGCAGCAGCACCACGCCCGCCGCCGCCAGCUCCACAAAGUUGCGCCCAUCAGCCCCGCCGCCUCGACCAGCAGCAGCGACGCCACCAGCAGCAGCACCAGCAGCAGCAGCAGCAGCAGCAGCAGCAGCUCGGAGUGCAUGGGGCCCACUGGUUUGCUGCGCUGCGGGCUGCUGUCGCCGGCAGUUUUCUACCAGCGGGUUUCGCUGCCGCUGGCUUCAGGUGUACACACAUCUUCUUGCCACGAAUGUCCUCUUUUGUCUCCUCCGGAAAUAAAGCUGCUGGUGCAGCUGCUGCAUGCGCAGGCGACUUUGGCGCAGCAGCUGCAGCCUGCUGCUGCGCAGCUGUCUUGGAUGGCCCGCUGGUUUGGCCUCCGGGACAGCGAAAGGUCCAGCAGCAUAAUGGCACUGCGGAGGCCUCCUGCUACUGCUUCGGGCAGUUUGCUGCUGCCACCUCCAGGGCUGCCGCUGCGGACCCCUUCGAGGCGUUUCAGGCCUCAUUUGCUGCCGCCAAUGCAAGGCGCUGCUGCUGCUGCUGCUGCUGCAGACGCGCAGGCGGGGUCUGCAGCGGGCGCCUGGAAGGCUUCGCCGGAGCCCUCAGCCGCCGGCGUGGCAGCAGCAGUGACAGCAGCAGCAGCAGCAGCAGCGGGGGCUGCUGCUGCUGCUGCGGAGCCGCUAAUGGCUGGGGGGGGGGGAGGCGCAGCUGGCGCUGCUGCGGGCAGAGCGGCAGCUGGCGCAGCAGCAGCAGACACACAUGCCGCUGCUGCUGCUGCAGGACCCCGAGCCGCAGGUCCCCGCCGCCGCCUACAGCAGCAGCAGCAGCAGCAGCAGCGGAGCGCCUUAGUGCCUUACGAGUUUGUGGUGGAAGCACAG